AUGGCUCUCCAGAAGAUGUCCGUGUAUGUUCUGAUGACCCUUCUGUUAUACAGUGAAUGUGGCAGAGUGAUUACUAAGAACCGAAUCAUUGGGGGUCAGGAUGCAGAUCCUGGAAUGUGGCCCUGGCAGGCGAGUUUGCAGCAAUUUGGUUUCCCUUUCUGUGGAGGAUCGCUGAUCACCAAUGAAUGGGUGCUGACCGCUGCUCACUGCAUAAGUAGGGAUGACAUUAACGUCACAGACAUCCACCUGGGUGUUUUACAACUAGAUGUCUCCAGCCCUGAUCGAGUGAAUCGAACACUCGCUGAAAUCAUCUGCCAUCCUGACUAUGACCCUAGGACUAACAACAAUGACAUUUGUCUUCUGAAGCUUUCUGCUCCUGUCAGUUUUACCCACUACAUCCGACCAAUCUGCUUAGCUUCUGAAGACAGCACUUUCCAUGAUGGGUUGGAUAGCUGGGUUAUUGGAUUUGGUAUGACAGACAAUCUAUCAACAUCUAACACUCUGCAGGAGGUAAAUGUACCAAUUGUUGGAAACAAUAGGUGUGCAUGCUACAAUCAACCGUUACAUAUAAAUGAGAACAUGAUCUGCGCUGGAUAUAGUGAUGGAGGGAAGGACUCAUGUCAGGGAGACUCAGGGCGACCACUAAUGCUACAAAAUGGCACUGUGUGGGUCCAGGCUGGAGUUGUGAGUUUUGGUGAUGGCUGUGCUCUCCCAAUGAAACCUGGAGUCUACACUCGAGUGUCACAGUACCAGAGAUGGAUCAGUGACAUCAUCACUGGGAUGGAAGCAGGCUUUGUUACCUUCACCUCUCCAGACACGGACAGUGACUUAUACUUCAACUGUGCUACCACUACCCCUGCCUCUACUACCAUUAUGACCACUGACGAUAGUAUUUUUUGCAGUGGUGAAACCCUGAGCCAAUUCACUCACUUCAUGGCUCUCUCCAUCCUUUCUUCAUGUCCUUGUUGGCAGUAG